GUCCUUUUUUUCCUCUUGCUCCAACAUGGCUGAUCAGAACGAACGCGCUUUCCAAAAGCAGUUUGGUGUUAACCUAAACCGUAAGGUGAAGCCCGGCAUCACCAAGAAGAAGGUGUUGCGUCGUUACCGUGACGUCGGUCUGGGCUUCAAGACUCCCCGUGAUGACAUCGAUGGCACCUACAUUGACAGGAAGUGCCCCUGGACCGGAGAUGUCAGAAUCCGUGGCCGCAUCCUGACCGGUGUGGUUCGCAAGACUAAGAUGCAGCGUACCAUUGUCAUUCGUCGUGAUUACCUGCACUUUGUGCGUAAAUACAGCCGUUUCGAGAAACGUCAUCGCAACAUGAGCGUUCACUGCUCGCCCGCCUUCAGAGAUGUUGAGCACGGCGAUAUCGUCACAAUCGGCGAUCCCCUCUCAAAGACCGUGCGUUUCAAUGUAUUGAAAGAUGUGGUUCGCACUUCCGCCAUCUUCGAUGUAGAAGGACUAGCCUCUUUGCCAGCCUCUGCUCCUGCUUUACUCUCCAUAUCACUGUACAGAGACCUAAGCGAUGCUGGGAUUUGUUCCUCAAUAUAG